AUGAAGAUACUAAAUGUCCUGGUCCUAUCAAGCAUCUCAAAAGAAAUUUACUAUUCAAUACAAUUACAACUUGAGUUGCCAGUGCCCCAGAAUGUUUUUGAAGGUCUGGAGGCUCGCACACAGUACCGAUACAGACUGAAGUGUAUGAAUGAUUUUGGUUCAAGUGCCUGGAGUGCUGUUGUCACUGUGUCAACCACAAAGAAACCUCAAACCAGCGAAGAUCUCCAGAGGGCUGUCACUAAGGGAGAUGUGGAGACUGUCAGAAAUAUUCUGCCCGACUCCGAAUUCUGUAUUUUUGGACUUGGCUGGCAAGCAGUUAAUUCCCCCGACAAGGCUGGUUUAUCACCACUCAUGAUUACAGCCCAAAAAGGUUAUGUAGACGUGGCACGAGUUUUUCUGGAAACUGGCGCAGAUGUGAACUUUCAAAGCAGCAGUGGAAAAACAGCCUUGAUGAUGGCUUGCUUCUCAGGAAAUGUGGAGGUUGCGCAGCUGUUAAAACAACAUAAGGCUGACUGGGAUUUAGUGGAUAGGACAGGUUCAACAGCUCUUCACUGGGCGGUCGACGGAGCCAAUUUGGAUAUGAUCCGCUGGAUGCUUCAAGAUGGCUGCCGAGUGGACGUCAAAGACGAAACGUCAGGCUGGACUCCUCUGAUGAGAGUAGCAGCUGUGAGCGGUAAUGUGAACGUUGCCAAGGUACUGAUACAUCAUGGGGCCAAUGUGCACACAAUGGACAAAGAAGGGAAAACGACUCUGAUGAACGCUGCACUGAAUGGCUUUGAAGCGCUUGUUAAGCUUCUUGUUAAAAAGGGUGUCCCUGUAAAGCUGAGAUCAGAGCACGGCAAAACGGCGCUGGAUUUUGCCAGGUCUUUUGAACACGAAAGGGUGACUCACUUUCUGCAAGAGCAUGUAGAGGCUUUGAAAAAGGCUGACAACGAACGCAAAUUGGCUGAAGCGAAGGAAAGAAGGCACAGCCGGGAGCGGAUUGAAAGUCAUGGCUUAAAAUCCGUUACAAACGGUGCACAGAAUGGAACAUCAGAGGCGGUUGUGUCGUAACUGAUGUUUAAAAACAAAAACGGUUUAAAGCCAUGAGAUAUUAAAUUUAGUUAUCAUCAAUCUCAGUUCAUGUGUAACCCUUUAGCUCUUGGAAGAGUUAAACUUGUACCUUCCUAUGAUAUCCAUGCAUUAAUCAAACAGGUUAUGAAAAUUCUCGAAAUUAUCAGAUACAAGUUGUUACCUUGAUCCAACACCAAAUCAUUUUCAAUAAUUUACAAGGAAAUGUGCAGCAGCUAGAGGGGAGAAUCGAGAAUUAAAGGGUUGACGGUUCUGUGUGGGUCAAUUUUAAUUUUUCAAUACCUGCCUUGAUUAAAAUCGCCGUUACCGUUUGCAAACAUCUUUUAUUGUUCUAAAAGGUUAUUUGAAGUUUACUUUCACGGUUUCAAAGUUUAUACAGACAAUUGAGUAUACCGUGUACGACAACCAUUCUAUUGUUCCAAAAUGUGAUGAAGUUAAUUUCACGGUUUUUAAGUUUGUACAGACAAUUGAUUCAAAUAUUUAUAAAUAUAUUUCAUCUUAAAUUUAUUUAAUUUCUGUGAUGAAAGCGAACUUCGUCAAAGCUUUCAUUGGUAGAAGCAAAUAUGCU